AAAGGACUUCCCCUUUUUUGCAGUGUGGAGCCAGUGAAUGCGUAAUAGUCAACAGCAUUUCUUGUUCUGAGGUCACCCUUCUGAGCCCCCUCUGGCUGCCAAAUUGCUGGGGCCGUCAUAGCUUGAUUCAAUUUCUCAGCUCAAGGCAUCAGACAAGCCACCAAGCUGGGGUUGUAUGGGCCCCAUGAUGGCUCCCAGCGUCAGCUGCUUGCUUUUGGCUGUGCUGUUUUCUGCUGGCUGUAAAGUAAUCACCUCCUCGGAUCAAAUGUGCACUGAGAAAGAAGCCAACAAAAUAUAUAACUGUGAAUAUUUAGGUCUUAGCAAAAUUCCUGACAUACUACCAAACACAACAGAAGUUUUGGAAUUCGGCUUUAAUUUCUUGCCUGCAAUUCAAAAUACGACCUUCAGCAGACUCAUUAAUCUUAUCUUUUUGGAUUUAACCAGGUGCCAGAUUAACUGGUUACAUGAAGACACCUUUCAAAGCCAUCAUCAACUGAACACAAUUGUAUUGACCGGAAAUCCCCUGAUAUUCAUGGCAGAAACAUCACUUAAUGGGCCCAAGUCUCUGAAGCAUCUCUUCUUAACCCAAACAGGAAUAUCUGAUCUAGAGUUUAUCCCAGUACACAACCUGGAAAACUUGGAAAGCUUGCAUCUUGGAAGCAAUCAUAUUACCUCCAUUGAGUUCCCAACAAACUUUCCAACACAGAAUCUGAAAAUUCUGGAUUUUCAGAAUAAUGCUAUCCACUACCUCACUAGAAAAGACAUGGACUCUCUGAAGCCAGCCACCAACCUCAGCCUUAACCUCAAUAGCAAUGACAUUAAAGGUAUUGAGCCUGGUGCUUUCCAUUCAAAGAUCUUCCAAAAUUUGAACUUUGGAGGGACUUUUGAUUUGUCUGUUAUAUUAAAAGGUCUGCAGAACUCUACUAUUCAAUCUCUCUGGCUUGGGACAUUUGAAGACAAGGAGGACCAAGACCUUAGUCCAGCCAUCCUUCAGGGACUUUGUGAAAUGUCUGUUGAGAGCAUCAACCUACAGCAGCACCAUUUCUCUGACUUCUCGUCCGCCACCUUUCAGUGCUUCACCCAACUCCAGGAAUUGGAUCUGACAGCAACUCACUUGAAAGAGUUACCCUCUGGGAUUAAGGGUAUGAACUCACUCAAGAAAUUAGUUCUCAAUGUAAAUAAUUUUGACCAAUUGUGUGAAAUCAGUGCUGCCAGUUUCCCUUCUCUUACACACCUCUACAUCAAAGGCAACAGGAAGAAACUUGACCUUGGUGCUGGCUGUUUGGAAAGACUAGAAAAUCUUCAGAAGCUUGAUUUAAGCCACAAUGGCAUAGAGGCUUCCGAUUGCUGCAAUCUGCAACUCAAAAACCUGCCUCACUUGCAGUGCCUAAACCUGAGCUACAAUGAGCCCCUUGGACUCCAGAGUCAGGCAUUUAAAGAAAGUCCUCGGCUUGAACUUCUGGAUUUGGCAUUUACCCACUUGCAUGUUAAUGUUCCACAAAGUCCUUUCCAAAACCUCCAACUCCUACAGGUUCUCAAUCUCUCUUACUGCCUCCUGGAUACCAGCAAUCACCAUCUUCUAGCAGGCCUGCCAAAUCUCCGGCAUCUGAAUUUGCAGGGAAAUCGCUUUCAAGAUGGUAGCAUCCCAAAGACCAACCUACUUCAAACAGUGGGCAGCUUGGAGAUUCUGAUUUUAGCCUCUUGUGACUUGCUCUCCAUAGACCAGCAAGCGUUCCACGGCCUUGAAAAAAUGUGUCAUGUAGACUUAAGCCACAACAGCCUGACAGGCGAUAGCAUCUCUGCUCUUAGCCAUCUUAAGGGAAUCUAUCUCAAUCUGGCCGCCAACAACAUUUGCAUUGUUUCGCUCCAUGUCCUCCCCACAUUGUCCCAGCAGAGCACUAUUAAUUUAAGCCACAAUCCCCUGGACUGCACUUGCUCUAACAUUCAUUUCUUAACAUGGUUCAAAGAAAACCUGCACAAACUUGAAGGCUUGGAGGAGACCAUGUGUGCAAACCCCCCACCUUUAAAGGGAGUUAAGCUGUCUGAUGUCAAGCUGUCCUGUGGGAUUACAGCUGUGGGUAUUUUCUUUCUCAUAGUAUUUUUAUUCUUGUUCACCAUUCUGUUAGUUUUUUUAAUUAAAUUCCUUCUUAGAUGGAAAUACCAACACAUUUAGUGCUAAAGCUUUCCAGAGAAGGCAAAUAAAGGUGUUUCACAAAAUUGUCCUAAGUGAAGAAACUGUCAUCUGUUGCUGUCCAAACUUUUCAGACUUGUACAUGGGGCUGGGCAGGGAUUCACUAUGCUUUUCUGAGCAUCUUACCCUUGUGAGUGGCUGCUGAUGAGUCUCACUGGCAGGCUAACUAGCUGGGGUCAGACGUGGCCUUGAGAGAUGCAAUUCAUUUCCUCACGUGGAAGGUGGUAGUAGUUCGGGGUGGAUUCAUGGCAGGGAAAGGCAAGGAGAAUAACACACUAGGAGGUCAUCUUCCUUCCACUCAGGGACAUCCCUUCAAGCACCUCUCACCCUGAAAGAUCAUCAAUCCCCACAACUUGGCAGUGUUAAAGCUCUCCCACUCACUGUCUUUCACCCACCAUUGAGGCAUUGUGCUCAGGUCUGAGUUCUUAGUAAUGGAACCAUAGGGAAACUUAGUUGGAGACAAAGUCUCAGUGCUUAUUUUAAAUGAAAAAAGAAAAACACAAUGAAUUUAAAAGAAAAGGCUGGGAAAUGAAUCCUGCUAUCAAAUAGACUCCAAGAGUCUUUUUAAUCCUUUGUUGUUGUUUGCCGUGGAGCCGAUUCCAACUCAUGGUGACCUCACAUCUCUACAAUACCCCCGGUGUACAAAUAGCUACCAAAAAAACAAAAAGAAAAAGACACCCCUCCUGCACAGAGGUUUAGGAUUUCUGCCACAUUUGCUGCACUUCUUUGAGAACCAGGGAGACUCCCGUCUGUCGGCUGUUCUCCCUCUUAUGUUACAGGUCCUCCCUUACAGGUGGGCUGUGGUUCAAAAUGCUCUUCUCAUGUGGGUAUCUCGUCCUUAGAAGCCUCUUUCCCACAGGAUCAGUGAUAUAAGCGGGGUUUGCUUCCCAGGCUGUCCCUCAAAAUUCUAUUUAUCUCAGACAGCAUUUGAGACAGCACAUUUACAAUGAAAACGAGCGGAAGAAAACAUACCGCAUGCUAGCUGUUGGCAACACAAUUAAGGCUGGCUUAGUGAGAAAUAGUUUCUGUUCAGGGUGGGGUGUUAGCAAAGGUUGUACCAGAGACAGACAAGGGACAGGAUCAUCUAAUGCAGGUAGAUAAAGAAGACAGAGAAGUGACAAUGCUAUGACUUUGGUUUUACUAAGACCCGAAAUGUCACACUAAUGCGGGAAUCCAGCUUCUGAAGUCUGGACUGCUGGACAACGGAAGUUGGAGCUCUUGUACUUGGAUGUUAUUGCACCGAUAAGGCCUUGAUUAAGUUCUAGAACUAACAUUAGGUUGUUGUUGUUGUCAGUUUCUGUUGAGUCAAUUCUAACUCGUGGAAACCACAUGGUGAUUUAUUCUUAGAAAUUCUGAUUGAAUAUCAAGGUAAAAUUGGAUCAACUUUACCAGCCAAUCAGAAUUAUUAACCCUUAGUCUCAGGGUGUAAUUGUGGGACAUAAUAACAGACUGGAAAUUUGGAGAACAAAUCUUCUUUAUCCCAGGAAAGGUAGGAAAGGCAAGGAAACAAGCAGUGAAGUGAAACAAUAAACUUUCACUGUAAAUGCUCUGCUAGUCUUAGGAGAUUUGCAGGCAGUACUGGACAGGAAGCCGAGUUUUCCCAGACAUCUUUGGUCGUGUACUCAGGGUUGGGACUAAAGUAAGGUAAGUGAGGCUUGGGCACAAAAUUUAAAGGGUGUCAGAAACUUCCACAAUUAAGGUAAAUCGUAUUUUAAUACAAUGUUUGUAAAACUAAUAAUUAAUGCAAAGAAUCCAUGAUGAACAAGAUACCAAAAUUUUAAGUUAAAGCAGUGUUGUGCCAAGUCAUAUUAGAGCCUG